GCCCCCCAGAGCCCCCCAGAGCCCCCUACAGCCCCCCAGAGCCCCCCAGCAGGAUGCCGCUGAUCAAGCGAGGGAUGGAGCCGCGGUUCCUGUGCAGGAGGCCGCUGCCAGAGGAGAUCAACAACGAGCUGGAGUGUGUCACUAAUAUCACACUAGCUGGUAUCAUACGUCAACUCAGCAGCCUUAGCAAACAUGCUGAGGACGUCUUUGGGGAGCUGUUUCAAGAGGCGUCGCUGGUGCACUGCCGGGCAGCGUCACUGCAGGAAAGGGUGGACAGACUCGCCCUGAAAGUCACCCAGCUGGACUCCACCGUGGAGGAGGUCUCCCUGCAGGACAUUAACAUGCGGAAGGCCUUCCGCUCCUCGACCAAUCAGGACCAGCAGGUGGUGUCACGUGACACCAUCCCCAACCCGCUAUUGGAUACCUACAACAUCUGCCACAAGCCGCCUCCACUCAACAUCCUCACGCCCUAUCGUGAUGAUCGGAAGGACGGAUUGAAGUUCUACACCGACCCUUCAUAUUUCUUCGACCUCUGGAGAGAGAAAAUGUUGCAGGACACGGAGGAUAAACGCAAAGAAAAGAGACGUCAGAGGGUGAGUGG